GUCAAUCUAAGUACUUAACAAAGUAAACUAUGAUGUCCACUCGAACUUUCGGAGAAACAAUUGAGGAGUACGAGGUACAGCACUUGUUGGGCAAAGGAGGCUUUGCUAGCGUUUACAAAGCAAGAUGCCUGCACUCACAUCAAGAUGUGGCAAUCAAAAUGAUCGAUAAGAAACUAAUCCAGGGGACAGGACUCACGAGCCGUGUUCGACAGGAGGUUGAAAUUCACUCUCGCCUUAAGCAUCCUUCUGUGCUGCAGCUGUACACAUUUUUUCAAGAUGUGAAUUAUGUGUAUUUGGUUUUGGAGUUGGCCCACAACGGCGAACUGCAGCGCUAUAUGAAGCAGCACCUUUUACGUCCCUUUACCGAAUCCGAGGGGGCCACUAUAUUGAGGCAGGUGGUGGCUGGCCUCCUGUAUUUGCAUUCCCACAACAUCAUGCACCGUGACAUUUCGCUAUCCAACCUGCUGCUCAGCAAAGAAAUGCAUAUCAAAAUCGCCGAUUUCGGCCUCGCAACUCAACUGAAACGACCUGACGAAAGGCACAUGACGAUGUGCGGCACUCCCAACUAUAUUUCCCCCGAGGUAGUUUCCCGAUUGUCGCACGGCCUGCCAGCGGAUGUUUGGAGUGUUGGGUGUAUGCUCUAUACGUUGCUGGUGGGGCGACCGCCGUUUGAAACCGAAGGUGUGGAAUCUACGCUCAACAAAGUCGUGAUGUCUGAAUUUAUGAUGCCAUCACAUUUGUCCUUCGAAGCCCAAGACCUAAUCCAUAAGCUGCUCAAGAAAAGCCCACACGAACGCAUUACUCUUGAGCAGGUCCUCCGGCAUCCAUUUCUGAAAAGAACGGUUGGUGGUUCAUCGUAUAGUACAACGCCUGGCGCGUUAAAUGAAUUCAGUCAAAGUCUUGCCAGUAGCGAUAGCGGAAUCGUAACAUUCGCCAGCAGUGACUCUAGGAAAUCGCACCGGCUUCGGUCUGUCGACAAUUCUUCAGGACAAUCAAUGCCACAGAUAAUGGAAGAAUAUUUGCCGUCGUCUAAUCUGGGCUACGAUUCGAAGGAGCAUCGACCUAUUUACGAACAGCAUGGCUCAUAUCUACCAACACCAGGCGACCAGUUGGAAAAUAGAGACGCCAAAUGGCCAGGAACAAACAACUUGGCACCGUUCACAUCGGAUAGCGACAUGAUACCGUCACCUGUGGGUGAGAAACGUCUCUUGAUGCCGCCAUUAGAAACGAAAAGAUUGCAACCGACGCGUUAUAAAACGAAAAAUGCUAUAAUGAGUAUUUUGCGGACUGGUGAGGUUGUCUUGGAGUUUGUAAAGUUUAAGGUCAAGUACAAUGAAGAUCGUAUUACUGAUAUUUGUCGCAUAUCUGAAGAUGGACGCCGUAUUAUAAUCUAUCAGCCGGAUCCAGGACGAGGCUUACCAAUAAGAGAACACCCACCAGAUCCGCUGAUACCAAGCGAGAACUGCGUGUAUAAUUACGAGAAUUUACCGAAUAAACACUGGAAGAAAUAUGUGUACGCUGCCCGAUUUGUGGGCCUGGUGAAGAGCAAAACACCGAAAAUCACUUUUUUCAGUAGCCUUGGGAAAUGCCAGCUUAUGGAGACGAUGACGGACUUUGAGGUUCGCUUCUAUUCCGGAGCAAAGCUAUUAAAGUCCUCCACGGACGGGGUCAAGGUGUUCAAUUCGAAUGGAGCAGUGCUUUCGGAUAAUGGCUGUGCGGAGGCACGCAAUUUAAUUGACCACGGAAAUGAAUGUUUCUCCCAUUGCGUCAAUAUCAGUAAUGCUCUGGAGCUCGCCCAGACUAAAGAGAAUACGUGUUUUCCUGUCACAAUUGGGCGACGGCCUGCCGCAGACAUGCACGCGGGUCAACGUUUCGAUGGUCUUAGGGACACUACAAACUUUGCAUACUCCACUCCGAAAUCAAAUCAGGGCUCAAUUAACUUUUCCGUGAGCACCAUAUCGACGACUCGAAGUGCCUCGGACUACAAUUCAAAUACACCGCGGCUCAACAUGUUGGCUGCGCACCAAAAUGUUCCAAUCAAACGUAUCACCGUUCCCGAAAUUGGAAUUGUUACGGAGUUGUCCCAUGGAGUUGUGCAAGUGCAAUUCUAUGAUGGAUCUAUGGUCUCAGUAAUACCAAAGGUGCAAGGAGGAGGCAUAACUUAUACACAGGCCAACGGUCUGUCUACCCAUUUUGGCAACAACGACGAUUUGCCAUUUGCGGUCAGAGAUCGAAUCAAUCAAAUGCCACAGUUGCAAAUGAAGUUAAAGUGCGCUCCAUUGUUGGGGAACGCCAGAAGUGUAGACUGCCAUUUAAUGACGCCCAAAACGACAACGCCUUUUUACAAUCGCAUGAUAAUUUGACAAGUUGUGCAUCUGAUAUUGAUAUGUUAUGUUAAAAACACUCUUCGAUUAAUAUUGUAUU